CGAGGCUUCAUGACAAGACAAUGAAAUCUCUUAAAGGCAACCACCCCAAAUGGCGUUGAGCUCUAACACGGCAGGAGAAGACAUUCUGCUAUUCGCAAGCGAGAUCCAGAAGCGACUCCAAACCGACACCUGCGAUGCUCAAGUGCUAUACCUGGAUGAAACCACUUCGCUCAAGCUGAACAGCUAUCUCGACCAGCUGCCAAUCUCUACAGGGGCCUCUCCACCUUCCCAUCGGCGGUGUCUUGACAACAAGGGGACAGAGUUGUGGAAUACUUGUACCCGGCGUUUAGCGAACGACAGCGACCCAGCAACGUCUGGCCUCCUUUGCAAAGUCAAAGCCUUUGCAUGGGCUAUGCUUGAUGCUGCUGCCUCCAGUAAGAGCUCAGGCAUUUUCAGAGUCUUGGAGACAGCUUACAAGCUAUCUAAGACUUGCAUAGAGCACGAGUUGAUCACUAUUAGCUUGAAAGUUAUCGAGGCAGUAGCCAUGCGUCUGGAUGCGCUUGAGCAUUUAGAGACAGAAGUCGAUGGUGCAAGAUUGCGUCAAUGUCAUGUGCAGUACUAUAUGCUUCGGGUUCAUCUGGCUUGGCUUCAAGGCAGACCGGAUAUUGCAGAUCAUCUGUAUCUCAAGAUUCCUGACACGAACACGGGAGACUACUGCGUACUUGAUGUGUGUUACAAGGUUGGGAGCGCAGCACUUUCAGGUAGCUACUAUGCGCUUGCAGCAAAGUGGUUGGGAAGGGGUCUGAAGCAAUGUAACCUGCUCGCCUCUGCUGUCGAAGGAGUUGAUAUGGCUUUGAGGGACAAAAGGCUCCUGCUGCUACACGCUUUGGUGCGGACGAAUCUUCACCUCGAUACGCAUGAAUCACAGGCCAACCUAGCAAGACUUCUUCAUGAUUUGAGAGUUGUGAGUCGCUCAAUGCUUUGAGCCGCUUGUCUUCUUACUCUUUAGCUGCAACACGGCAACUUGUUCUCGGUUCGACUCCUUAAGCUUGAAGUCCUUGCGCAAGCGGAACUGAAUGUGGAAAUGCAUUUCCAAGUAUUGCAGGAUGCUUUAGAUGC